AUGCAGUCGAUGGGACGAAGUAACUCGGAAUCGUCGAAUCCUGUUUCGGCGGUCACGACCUCGUUUAGAGCGCGGGCUAGGAAGAGAACUGCUCAUGCUUGUGAUGCUUGUCGAAUGAGAAAGUCGAGAUGUGAUGGCCAGCAGCCUUGCGCUUGGUGUACUGAGAAUGAUGUAGACUGUCUUUACGGACGGCAGCAACAGUUGGCGGUUGGCCAAGGUGCAAGUCAGGGAAAGAGUGACAAAAUUCUCGAGACCGUGCUGAGAAUGGAUGCUCUUCUCAACUCUAUACACGAAAAUCUACGAAGCCCUCACAGUGCAGUGUCUGACCGGUCUUAUUCGCCUGGUCGUCUAAUUUCCGAACCAACUCCUUCAGAUAGAGAUUUUGACAGAGUAGCAAAUGCUAGUCUUCCUUCACACGUCAGCGCAACCGAAGACUUACUAUCGUCUACGCUUGCUCAGCCAUUUCCUUCAUUAAUCGAACAAUUUCGACCUAUUUUUCUGCUAGAGAGCAGGAGGCCGCCACUACCAUUUCAGAGUCGGUUCACACGGAGUCCAGUGUUUACCCCUAAUGAAGCUAACCGUCUAAUCGCCUCAUUUCAGUCAACUCUCAAUUUCUGGUAUCCUGUGAUUAGCAAAGCUAACUUGGAUGUCUUAUUUGAUAGGAUACAGAACGGCUUCAGCAACAACUCCUGUGAAGACUGCCUAGCUUUACUUGUUCUAGCGUUAGGCGCGGCAUCGGAGCUGGUAAAAUAUACAAAUUCCGAUGAGACAUAUCGAAGCUUCGACUCGAGACAGCAACAAAGUGAGCUAAGUAACAUGGCGAGCGUAUGCUUUGAUGAAGCUUCAAAGCUUUUGGCAGUUGCAUAUAUGGAAGUCAGCACGACGUCAGCUCAAUGCGUCUUUCUCUCAGCGUUGUUUUGUUCGUUUCUACAGCGGCCUCUUCAAACUUGGAGCCAUCUCAGUAUGACGGCAACAAAGUGCCGCUCCCUUAUUGCUUACGCUACUGGUUCAAUUAGUUUCGAAGAAGAAGAAUGUGUCAGACGUAUGUUCUGGUCUUGCUAUAUCAUAGAAAGCGACCUAAUUUCCGAAUUAUCGCAUUUGCCUCAAUCAGGUGUAGCGGAAGUAGAGUCGCAAACGCCGCUUCCUGGACCUCUAAUUACGCACAGCACUUCUACCUUGACUGAAUCAUCUGCUCUAUAUUUCUUGAGUUGUAUCUCGAUCCGACGCCUGUUGAAUCGAGUACACCACCUAUUAUACGCAGAAGAUAAGCACAAAUCACCGACUCAUACAAUCAAUGACAGUCUUCACAACAUGAUAGCUGAACUUGACCAUCAGCUCGUGCUUUGGCGGGACACGCUUCCGGAAUUCUUACAGUUCGAGGAAGGCGAGAGGGAGUGUAGAAAUGAGCAUGCAGCAUUUCUGAGACAAAGAUAUUUAGCUUGCAAAAGCGUCAUAUUCAGACCAUAUGUUGAAGUCGUCUUGAAGCAUAUCGAUAUUGGACACCCUCCAGAAAUCAUAGAGAAUGCAACGCGAUGUCUCUCAGCGUCUUGUUACCACAUAGUGUACUUGCGCUCAUUUUCUCAGACUGUUCUGAUAGACCCGUGGAUCUGCUCAUUGUCUAUGACUAGCACGAUGUUCAUCCUCCUCGCCUCGCUUAGCAACCCUUCCCUCCGCCAGACUUUACUUGCCCAACAUAACAUCGGCGAAUUCGGCACUCAUCUACAGCGUUUAAUCAGUAGUUGGAGUGGGAUCGUCCCCAACAAAAGCCCGAGCAUUGAACAAAGCCUAAGGCUUAUUGGGGAGAUUGAUGGUCUGAUCAGAAGAAGAUUGUGA